AAAAACAGCUGUCAUUUUAUGAGAAUAAAGUCAAAAUAUUACGAGAAACAUGUUGUACUUUAACGGGAAAAAAGUCACAAUUUAAGAGAAUAAACGCGCAAUAUUUUAGUGGCAUGUCGAGGAAAUAGUAAAGAAUUAUUUUUUUAAAAGUCAUAAAAUAUGAGGAACAGAAACAAAACAACAAAUUUACUUGGGGGGAAAAGUUACAAUAUUAUGGGACUAAAGUCAUAAUUUUACAAAAAGAAAAUUUACAAAGAUUAUUUCAGAAAAAUGUUUAAAUAUUUGGAAAAAUGGGGAAAAAAGAGCAAAGAGUGAAGCUGCUAUUAAUAACAGGCUUUUUUGCCGAUGUAUGGAUGACAAAGCUGUGAUGAAAUAUACAGUAUAUUCCUUCUUAGCAUAUCUACACGUGCUGCUUUACUAAAUAGCAAAGUGGCAAAGUUGCAACUUACGUUUGGACAGCCCUGGGCUGGCAUGACAUUCCAUCAUCCUGUGUGUGUUGGGAAACAGCUGACUCAUUUGCAUCCCCCUCUGUGAUUGGCUGAUUAUCCCUAGCUUAAGUUGGGGGGCGGGUAGGCACGGUGUGGGGAAGUUCAUAGUGCACAGAAGACAUACUGUAAGAAGGAGAAAGAAAGUGGUCAUGGCCCAGAAAAACAAGGUCCAGCUCUCCAUUCGGGAGUACCGACCCUCGGAUCAGCGCGCCGUUUCCGAGCUGUUCCGCGACGGCGUACAUGAGAACAUCUACCCGGCCUUCUUCAAGGCCAUGAGCCACCCGGACCACGUGGGUGUGGCCCUGAGCCUCUCCAUGGCGGGCUAUGUGCUCGGGGGCAGCUCCUAUUUCCAGGCGCUGCUCUUCGGGGCGGCGUGGGCGGGGCUUAUCUACUUUUGCUGCCACGAGAUCUACGCGGGCUACCUAGCCAGGAGGCUGGGCACAGACAUGGCCGACAUCCCGGCCAACUACCUGGACAACCCAGAUAACAGAUUCUGGGUGGCAGAGGCGGACGGGAGCCAGCCUUCCAGAGUGGUGGGCGUAGUCGCGGUGAUGGGGCGAAGGGGAGGGCACAGUGGCAACGGCAGCGUGGCGACGGGGAUGGCGGAGGACGGGAGCGGGGCUAGCGGUGAGCUGUCCCACGUGAUGGUGGCGUUCCCGUGGCGCCGCAGGAAGAUGGGCUCCCAGCUGACCCAGCGCGCUUUGGACUUCUGCAGAGAGCGAGGCUUCGCUCGCCUCGUCCUGGACGUCAGCUCGCCACAGGCGGGGGCUAUCUCCCUCCUGCGGAAGAUGGGCUUUGUUCAGACGGAGUUGCACGCCGUCACACACGCCAACCGCUGGAUCUCCAGCCUGGCCAGGAUCACCGUGACCCGCAUGGAGAAAGUCCUCUGAGAGACUCCGAGACCACAUCACACUUAAUUGCUGUUUUUUCCUUCAUUUAACUUCACUUCCUGUUUACGCAAAUAGUCUCCUCAGCUAUAAUUGACGCCGUGCCUCAAUGAAUGGCAGGGUCCACUUGAAGAAAUAAAUGCCAGAUCCUCAAAUAGAUGCCUCCUUUCUUCCCCUGAAGAAGACAAAUGAAGGGAUGUUUUUUUUUGUGAGGUCUAACAACAACGCAGACAGCAGACGCAUGCGGCACAUGGAAAGUUUUUUUUAUUUUAUUUAGUCUGUAAUUAUUUAGACAAUAAUUACAUUUUACGGAAAAAUAAGUUAAAAACAUUAAGAAAAAUGUCUGAAUUUUUUUUGCACAUUUCACAAAAUGUGCAAAAAAUUUUUUUUAAAAUUUAAUUUUGUUUAAAAUUUCAAGGUUUUAUUUAAAGUGAUUAAUUUUAAAAUUUUAUUUUACAAGUAUAAAAGAAAGAAAAUAUCUUUAAAACCUUUAAUUUGGGGA